GGCCGGCUCGUUGGGUGCUCGAGGAGAAAAUGCCGAUCGUGACAAGCGGUGAACGGACUGACGAUCAGAACAGGGCUGCGCGGCUUUUUCGGGCUGUUCCGUGCGGGAGAGGGUAGUUGCAACCUUUUUUCUCCACACUCACGAUACCCCAAGGCAUCUAACCUUGUACGAGACAGAUGGUGGGUAAAAGUACCUCCCGUCGCGUGGCAUUGCUAAUGCUGUUGCUUCCUCCUUCGAAGAGUUAUCGCUGAAAAACUAAACUUUGAGCAGACACUCGUUGCGAACUUGAACUAGCCGCUCUCUGAGACGUGGACUUUUUAGGGUCAACCAAUUUGUUUUUCCCUACAUGCACGAUACCCCACGGUAGCAGACCUUGGGCUUGAAAGAUGGAGCAGAGAGGUACCUCCCGCCGCGUGGCGUUGCUGUUGCUGUUGCUUCCUUCUUCGGAAAGUUAUCGGUGGAUAUCACAACCCGUGCCGGCCCAAAACGCCGAACUUGAAGUGACCGCUCGCAACCGUUGGCAUUUUUGCUUCAACACAACCUUUUUUCUCCGGCACAUUCGGAACCUCACGGCGCCAAACCUUGGCAUUGCCCAACAGACCAUGUUUCCAGCUCCUUCCGGAUACCGUUGUUGAGGCAACUCGUUAAGUAUUCGGCGAGAUAUCGGCUAAAACGUGAACAGAAGAGCGUAAAACGCACCCGACCCUACAAAAAUCACCGCUGCGCUGCUGGCUCUUUCCCUGGCGCCAAAUCAUUUUUGAUUUUUUGCCUAUGUUGCCCAUCACAACUGCAGGCCUCACCGUCCCUGUGUACUGUGUACAACGGCGGCUAGUCUCUGGUUCGCAGACCUGGGGAGGGGGGUAUAGGUAACGUUUUUCGGUCACGUUUCGGUCACGGCACCUUUGUUCGGGGACUGCUCCUGUGCAAUCCAGCGUCACGGAGUCACGCUGGUGGGAUUCCCUCUAGUCUUCCCCCAGCCAUGACAUUCCCACAGCCAAACGUCCCUACCGAGCUCCGAGAGAGGGAGAGAGCGGUACGACCAUGUCACCCCAAUAUGCUCGGCGGAAGUAUGGAUCCGUGGAAGACCCGACCAAGUCGAGGCGCGCCGUCUCUCCGACGCCAACUGCCCGUGGUGAUGAUGCCGGUGCCGCCGAAAGAGUUUCUUUCGACUUUGAUCCGACGCGCGCUUUGCGUGGCGAGAGCCCGGACGACCAAGGGGGAGGGAAGCGAUGGUUCACCCUUACGGUCGUCGGGGUGCUAGCCGUGGGAGUCAUGAUGGCCCUCACCCACGCGGGAUAUCGGUUGCCCAAGGUCACGAGGACAACAACAGACGUCGGCAGCCAAGGCCACACUCCGAGCCUGAUCCGCGCUGACGAGGCCAAGAUCCUUCCCAGCGAAGACCUUGCGGUGGAGGACGACGAGAAGAAGCAGCAGGUGGCUCGACCGUUCCCGAUAGCCGACGUGUCUCCGCGUGCAGAGGACGAGACACGUCCUGCAGAGGACGGGCAGCUCUCCGGAGAAGAGAUCCCGCGGUUAUCAUUCGAGGCGACCAACUUCUACCAACUGCGCGACGGGAAGCCGGCCCAGGACUACCCGUGGCUCAAGGACGUCAAGCUCAUCGAGCCCCACCGCGAGACGACGUUCACGGUAUCGUCUCCACGGGACGGGUUCGACUACCGCUGGCGGGUGUUCGCCGGAAGCCCGGCGGAGGGAGAACUGUGCACCGAGGCGACAGGGCCGGAGGGUACCGUCGUCCUGACCACGCUCGAUGAGAACGCGGUUGUCCUCGAGGAGGUAGACGCGGAUGGGACGGUCGUACGGCGGCUGCAAGAGAUGGUGAUGGUCAAGUACGUUAGGAGGGAGAUCAGGACUCUCACGGACGAUGAGCGAGAGGAGCUGUUUGACGCGAUGUUCACGCUUUGGUCAGUGAGAGUGGACGGCGGCAACGGGAAGGAGCUCUACGGAGAUGAUUAUGCGGACAUUUUCGCGAUCAACCGCCUGCACUACAAGGGAGCGAGCCCUAAGCAGUGCGACCACUUCCACGACGGUCUCGGCUUCUUGACCAGCCACAUCGUCAUUACCAACACCUUUGAGGCCAGCCUACAGGCGGUGAACCCCAAGCUGACUUUGCCGUACUGGGACUUCACGAUCGAGACCUCUACCGCCGGUACUAAAGGCGAUGGAGGAUAUCAGUCCCAGACCAAGAGCGAUCUGUUCCAGGAGUCUUGGUUCGGAACUGCGGACCCUACGGAUGGCCAAGUAAAGGAUGGCCGGUGGGCCUACACCGAGAUCCCGAAGAUGAAGGUCAACGACCCUGGCGCCGUAGAGCCGGACGUGUACAGCAAGCUCCGUGCUCCGUGGAACGUCAACGACCGGCCGUACCUGACCCGCGGCAUGGGCAAGAUGUGCGACGCCAAGGUGGACGAGUGGUACCCUUGGCCCACGUGCGAGACGCACUACGACCUUGCCACCGGCUACAGCGACUUCUACUCGUGGGUCUGGUACUCCCUGUACGACCCCCACGGGCCGGUGCACAUCUGGAUCGGGGGCGUGUUGGACUGCGAGAAGACAUUCGGCGCCAUUGCCGAACUCGUGGGUCCGUCCAUCGCCGAAGACCUGGCGCUGUACUCGUUUAUCCACCGAAAGAACCUGUUCCGAGACGGAAUUUUCUCCUGCGUGGGAAGUGCCACGGUGGUACAGGCGCCGGCGGAAGUGCUAUCCAGCGGCCAGUGCGGCUGCCAGGGGUACGAUCUCACCCAAGGGGAUGACUACGAGUCCAUCUACUACAACAUGGUGGACCUCGAUGAUCUCAUUGGUGAUUUCGACGCGGACGUGAAGCGCCAGGUGGUGGCGGCGCUUUGCACGACUACUAUGAACGACGGGGAUCACUUGCAGGCGAGCUCGUCCCUAGACCCGUCCUUCUACGCUACGCACCCGACCAUGGAGCGGCUGUGGAUGUACGCCGUGCUGACGGGGCAGAUCACGGACUUCACCUGGCCGGACGACGACGUCACCAUCACCAAGCCCGACGGCACUGUCGAGGUCGAGUCGCUCAGCCUCUCCGAGGAUGCCUGCCAGGGGCACGGCGGUAGCGACGUGUUCCCCUUCGGCCUCCUGGACUCCGACACGGACGGCUUCGAGGUGAAGACGGGCGUCAAGGGCAUGGAGAACGGGAACACCCUCACCAACCGAGAGCUCCUCCAGGCCUUCGAUGCCCGUUCCAACUCGGUUUCUUACGUGUACGACACCUUCAAGUGGACCCACUGCGAGGCCGACGGUUUCGACUUCGACGAUGCCUGGAACGGGGCAGCACAGGCAAGACCCACGUCAAGCAGCCGCCGACCUUCUUUCAAGCAGGGUGCCCCACGAGCCCCGAUGUACAACAUCUUGGAGGAAAAACGGGCAGCUCGCGCGGCCAAGAAGGCUGCCAAUCUGAUCAAUUGA